AUGGUUGCAACUCCAGCGGGUAGUAGUGCUUAUAAUUUAUCAGCCGGAGGUCCUAUAUUGCCUCUUGAGUCAAAUGUGUUAUGUUUAACUCCUAUAUGCCCCUUUAGGCCGAGACGUUGGCACGGAGCAUUGCUGCCAUUUUCUACUACGAUAAAAUUUGAAAUUUUAGAAAGCGGUAAAAGGCCAGUAAAUGUUGCGGCAGAUUUUCAAGAAUUUAGUGAUAUUAAAUCUGUACUAAUCAAAUCACUCAAAGCAGAUCUUAGAUCUAUGAAACAUAAUUAUACUACCAAUAUGUUAGAAGAAAAAGUUUUUACUACCAUCACUAAAGAUAUAACAGUCUAUUUUAAUAGCAAAUUAGCAGAUGGAACUAUGAAAGGUUUAAUUAUUUUUGAUAAUCGUAAAGCUGAUAACCAAGCAAUUUUAUUUGCUCAAUCUGGUAAUCUUAAAACCUCUAAUAGUACUUCUGUUUUUCAAUUGCAUACAGGGAAUAGACAGAUCCACGAUCAUAAUGGCAAUUUAACUAAUUUAACAUUUACCUCUUUAGUAGUAGAACUAAGUAAUGAAAAUCAAGACAGUUUGAUGCGUAAUAAUAGCAAGCGAGAGAUUAAUGAAUAUUAUAUUCGCGAGUUACUCAACCCUCCUGCUGACUUACCUCAACACCAGAGAACAAAAUUAAUUGCUGAAGGGCACCAGCGUCUUAUUUGGCCAAUGUAUAAUUUUGUCUUAGUAUUUUUAACUUUAUCUGUAUUUCUACGACAACCAUAUAAUAAAAAAUCCCAUUUAAAACAAAACUAUAUGACCGUCCAAGAUUUACCUCAAUUUCUAAAACUUUUAGAAAAAAAUGGACAUCUUAAACGUAUAUCAUAUCCAGUUUCUACUAAUCUAGAGAUAACCGAAAUCAGCAGAAGAGCGUUACUUAAGAAUGGGCCUGCGCUACUAUUUGAAAACGUUAUUAAAAAUGAUGGCACUAACUCUACUAUACCAGUCUUAACUAAUUUAUAUGCUAGUACUCAACGUAUUGCAUUAGGGCUGAAUUUAGCCAAUAAAGAAGAUUUAAGAAAAUUUGGAGAGUUGUUAGCUUUUCUUAAAACCCCAGAAUUACCCUCUUCUUUUAAAGAAAUAUUUUCUAUGCUACCCUUAGCAAAAAGAAUAUUUGCUAUGUCUCCUAAAAUAGUCGCCAAAGCUCCUUGCCAAGAAGUUGUGAUGCAUAAUCCUGACAUCAAUAUAUUGCCAAUUCAGACAUGCUGGCCUCUAGAUGUUUCUCCAUUAAUUACCUGGGGUAUAGUGAUAACAAAAGGACCUACCAAAGAAAAAAUCGACAAGUACAAUCUGAGGGUAUAUAGACUACAAGUAGUAGGGCCAAAUAAGCUCAUUAUGCGCUGGCUUAAAAUGCGAGGAGGGGCACAGCAUCAUCAACGCUGGCAAGCGGCAAAAAACGAGGCAUUCCCGGCAGCAAUCGUUAUUGGUGCAAGCCCCUCUAUCACUAUGGCUGCUGUUAUGCCCUUACCUGAUAACAUUUCGGAGUAUAAUUUUGCGGGUUUAUUAAGAGGUAAGUCUAUUGAACUGGUAAAUUGUGUUAGCAUCAAUAUGAGCGUUCCGGCUCACAGCGAAAUUGUGCUUGAAGGAUAUGUUAGCUUAGAUGAAUAUCUCCCCGAAGGACCAUUUGGAGAUCAUACCGGUUAUUACAAUGAUAUAGAAACUUUCCCAGUCUUUAACAUUAAAACUAUUACUAUGAAGAAACAACCAAUAUAUCUUAGUACAUAUACUGGUAAGCCUCCAGAUGAACCGUCUAUAUUAGGAGAAGCACUGAAUGAAAUAUUUAUUCCUAUACUUCAACAACAAUUUCCGGAAAUUGUAGAUUUUUGGUUACCACCUGAAGGCUGUUCCUAUAGAGUGGCAGUGGUGUCUAUCCGUAAAGCAUAUCCCGGGCACGCAAAAAGAAUUAUGAUGGGCAUUUGGUCAUUUUUAAGGCAAUUUAUGUAUACAAAAUUCAUUAUAGUAGUAGAUGAGGAUAUAAAGAUUCGUGAUUGGCAAGAAGUAAUUUGGGCUAUAUCUACUAGAAGUGAUCCUGCCAGAGAUAGCAUAAUUAUUGAGAAUUCUCCAAUAGAUUAUCUUGACUUCGCUUCGCCUUUAUCAGGACUGGGUAGUAAAAUCGGGAUCGAUGCAACUAAUAAAAUCUCCCCGGAGACUAAUAGAAAUUGGGGCAAAACAAUAGAAAUGACCGAUGAAAUCAUUAAGAAAAUUGAUACAAUAUGGGAAUUUCUUAAAAUAUAA